AGAAGAACGAGAAGUUGCCACGAAAGCACCGCAGCACGAUGUGGAGCCUGUUGACCUGCACCCUGUGUCUCCUGGUGGCCUCGCAGCUCGACCCACAGGGGGUCCGGGCCGAGGACCCUGAGCUGGACCCCCAGGUGAAGACUGAGGUGGUGUUCAGGCCGGAGAUCUGCACGCAGAGGAGCAAGAGAGGAGACCUGGUCAACGUGCACUACGACGGGUUCCUGGAGGAAAAUGGGUCCCAGUUCUACUGCAGUCGAUCAGACAAGUCCGGCCACCCUCAGUGGUUCGUGUUGGGCAUCGGACAAGUCAUCAAGGGCCUGGAUAUCGGGAUGAUGGACAUGUGUCCUGGAGAGAAACGAAAGAUAACGGUUCCUCCUGCACUGGCAUUUGGAGAGAAGGGCAAAGCUCCAGUGCCGCCCAACGCUACAGUGGUCUUUGAGGUGGAGGUCUACUCGGUUUCCAGGGGACCACGCAGUAUGGAAGCUUUUGGAGAGAUGGACAACGAUAGCGACAAAAGUCUCACAAAGGCUGAGGUGAAAGAAUAUUUGAAACUGUCGUAUGAAAAAGGAGGGAAGCCACGUGACGAUGCUUUCUAUGAGAAGAUCAUGGCCGACAUAUUCCACAAGAGCGACCAGGACAAAGACGGAGUGAUCAGUGCAAAGGAAUAUAAUAUCUAUAAACAUGACGAGCUCUAGGCUCAGACGUGGUUGAUCCUGUCAUUGAUGUUUAUAUAACUUUGGUCAAUCAGACAUUUAGUUAAAGAUGAAAAGGUGAAGGACGUGGAGUUUGUUUGGUCUACACACCUCACUCUGCCUCGUCCCAUCUUCAUCUUAGUGGUUUGAAUUCUACAGAAGUGAAUCUCUUUCUCUUCUAUAGAAAAUUCUGUGGAAUCCCCCUUUAGCUGUUUUUUAAUCUCACAGUUUCAUAAUGAAUGUUCCCUUUAAAAAGCGGACAGGAUUUAAAGUAUUUGUUGUCGCACAAAAUAACUAAUGACUAAUCACUAACAUCACUAAAUGUCGGUUUUAUUCUUCAAGUUAUGUCCUUUUUCAUUCAAUGUGCGGCACAGUGGACAAAUCACAACAUUGCACAAUGCAGUAAAGUAAUGUUGUAACAAUGGAACAUGUCAUGUGAGAAACUGAGAUGAUGGUUCAUGUUGAUACAGGAACCAACAACAGCUCUGUUUUUCCUUCUUCCUGUGGAUUUUCUGCCCUCGAACCUGCACCAGUUUGUCCAGUAUAAACAAAUGUAAAUUAAAGGAAAUGUGGCUGAGAUUUCAAUAUCAUGGAUGAUAAAAAGGCACAUGGUGAAAUGUUGUGGUCUGAAUAAAUGUGUGGAAAACUA